AUGGUGCCAGCCAACCCGAUCAUACCAGGCUUCGCGCCAGAUCCCUCCAUUAUUCGCGUCGCCGACACAUACUUCCUAGUCAACUCGACAUUCCACUUCUUUCCCGGCAUCCCAGUUUAUGCCUCGAAGGAUCUCGUACAUUCUCAGUUGAAACUGUCCAACACGCCGUCAAAGAUCAGUCAGUGGGAUGAUAAGCGACAAAUGGUCGGGAACCGAGGUCUAUACGCCCCAACCAUACGAUGGCACGCAGGCACUUUCUAUAUCAUUGUGUCCAACAUCCUGGAUGACCGUAGUGGACCUAACAGUGAAGUUGCUGACCAUCUCAUCAUUUCCACAAACGAUAUUUACGCCAACAUUUGGAGCGACCCAAUCCACUGGGAAUACGGUGGAGGAGACCCGAGUCUCUUCUUUGAAGAUGAUCAUGUCUAUGUCCAAAUAGCCUCCGCAAAGGAUGCUUCGGUCCAUCAGUUCGAGAUUGACAUCCAGACCGGAAAGAGGCUAUCUGAGCCGAAGUCACUGUGGAAAGGAACUGGCCGACCGUGGCUUGAAUCUCCUCAUGUGUACAAGAAGGACGGCUACUACUACCUGUUGGUCGCCGAAGGUGGUUGUUUCGAGCAACACGUGAUAUCAAUUGCACGUUCCGAAAAUCUUUGGGGGCCGUACGAGGGUUGUCCUGCAAAUCCAAUCCUUACAGCCUUCAAUACCACUAGCUACAUUCAAAAUGUAGGCCACGGCGAACUGGUGGAAGAUAUCAAUGGUGCCUGGUGGGUGGUUGUCCUUGGCGUACGCCAGACCGGUAAUUCCUUUGUUCUUGGUCGCGAAUCCUUCAUCACCUCUGUCGAAUGGUUAGAUUCUGGUUGGCCGAAGAUAUCUCCUGUGGCUAUCACAGCCAAUGCCCAUGCCCGACAUCGGGAGCUCCCUCAGCCUGGAUCGAAUGGUGCAGUCACAUUUUCCGCAGUUUCAGGCUUCCUCCACAUCAGAGGCAGGGAUGACAAGAUGUAUACCAUUGGCCCAGACGGUCAACUUACUAUACUUCCGAGCAAUAUUGACCUCCUCGACCCAGAAGGCUCACCCACCUUCAUUGGCGUGAGGCAGAAGUCUCUUGAAGGCACAGCCUCCACUUCCAUGAGACUCCCAGAUAUCGACCGAGUCCAGAAAAUCGGCUUGCGAACUGGCCUGGCGAUGUAUAAGGAGGAGCAUCGUUUUAUCCGGAUCUUCUAUGACUCAACCAGCGGCGAGAUCUGCUUUGAAGCUUUCAGCCGACUAGCUCAAGUGCACCUACUCAACAGAAAGGCUGUUGAUCUUCACGGUGAUUUAGGGCUUCGGCUUCGGUAUACGGAGCUUGUCUACCACUGUGAGUACCGCCUUCCAGGAAGCAAGGAAUACAUCGUUCUCGGCUCGAUAGACUCGGCCAAAAUGAGCAAUCUCGACUUUGUUGGUCCUGUGAUAGGCGUCUUCGCCGUGGCAAAUGACGUGGUUGACGGCAAUCCCGAGGUACAUUUCACAGGCCUGGAAGUGGACUAG